AACCACAUCCAGCUACCCAAAACUUCCUCGCAAUAUGCAGAAGAGCAGCCAAUCACAAACAUCCAGAGCGCCAUCUGAUAUUUUGCGGAAGGGAAGUGAUGGCGAAGCUGCGGCCAACAAAGCAAAGACUGAUAAUGUAGGAUCAAAGCGAGCCCCCUCCUCCUUAUUCAAAUUCCGCACUGAUGAGGAAGGGGAAUACAAAUCGUGGAACCAUGACGAGACCGGCAGCACCAAUAACUAUAUUCGCGUGACAAUCGAGCGUGAAGGCUACCCAGAAGGCUUCGUUGUCUGCGAUUACAUCCCUCCUGAACAACUCCUGAAUUUCGUGCCUGGGAUCAGAAAACUCCUUUAUGAGAGCUGCGUCGUGAUUCCUGACGUGGACUGCAUUGACGAAGAUUACGUGGCCGAAGUUAUCACGCAAUGCAUCAAGGCAUCCAAGAAAGGCGUGACGUCCCAAACGCUCGAACUCGCUCCAUCUAUCGGUCCUCUGCCCGCCAUCAAGAUUCACUGCAUACUCAUUCUCUUCGACUUGACGGCUGCUGCGGAGAAGCUGCUCAAGACUGCAUGGCAACUAUUCAAGGCUCACGAACUCCUCCCAGAAGAGGUCAUGUGGAUCUGGGAGACCUUUGGACCCGCGCAUACCCAGAGCUCCUACGUCGCGCCUUUCGCCGACGAAUACGUUCAACUCAUGUUGUGGCAAAUUGUCAAUCUAAUGGCAGAAGGCAAACUGAACAAGAAGAUCGCGUGGCAGUUGGACGUCGAGCGGGAACCCAGAAACUUCAACGCCGCGGUACAGACUAGACGGCAUAAAUUUGGGACUGGAGCGGGGAUGAGGCCUUUUUAUCCACCGAGUUGGAGUUUGGUAAAGGCGAGGUCUUUGGCUCCGACGUUUACGUCGAGUGGGAGUGUAAAUCCGGUGCAGGAUGUUGCUGAUUUUUAUGAGAAGACUAGUUUUAAGGAUUGA